UGCGCGCGGCUUGCUCCUCCUCUCUUAUUGCACAGAGCGAGCUUGCAAGCCUCGCCAGCUGUGACAACAAAUACGCUCGACAGAUCGUCUCGCAACUCUUUGAAAUGUAUCGGUACGUUCUCGUCAUCGGUGCCAUCGUUGGGGCGCAAGCUUUCAUGCACGACAUGGUGGGCCUGAGGUCCGAUUCCGUGUCCCCGUACUUCAACGUGAACAACCUGAUGCUGCGCGAGCUGCUCGAGCGCAUGGGUAGCGAGCUCGCGGCAGCGGAGGCCGGCGACCCUUACAUGGACAGCCGGGAGUCGUCCUCGGCCCUGCGCGGCCUCUCCGACAAGGAGAUCCCGCUCGAGCUGCCCUUCGACUACGACAGCAUCGACGCGCUCAAUCCAAAGGCCAGCAUCCGCGACCAGGAGUACCUGCAGCACAGCAGCCUCUGGAGCAACCAAGCUCUCAACAACAACAAUCACAACAACUACAAGACCAACGACAGGCACAACAAAGUCCAGCCCGGGGUGGCCGCCGCCGCCGUUGGCAAGCAGAGCAAGGACGAGAAGACGGAGAGCCAGCUGCCGGCUUACUGCACGCCUCCCAACCCCUGUCCCGUUGGCUACACCAGCGAAAACAACUGCAUCGAGAAUUUCGAGAACACGGCAGCCUUCAGCCGUGAAUACCAGAGCGCGCAGGAUUGCAUGUGCGACUCCGAGCACAUGCUCGAGUGUCCAAGUGGCCCGGAGCCAGAUGACAAUUCUCUGUCCGCGAUGUCCAUGACCAACGCCGACUUCGAUCAGAUCGUCGAAAGAUUCCAGGAGGAAAACCCGUUCUUUCACGGAGAAAAAUUGCCAAUCGCAGCCAAGAAGGGCAUUAACGUCGGCUUUUAAAAGUAUUUUUCACGAGAAGUGUAUUUUUUUUAUUAUUAUUUUUUUUUUUUGAAUGAGCCAGGUAUCCAACAAAAGUCAGCACAGACGAGAGAAAAUAGCGAGUAUUCCAGUCAGUUCCUCGGAAUUAUACAAGUGAAGUACAAGGUUUGAAUGAUGAGACCAAUUUUCAAUAAGAUAAAUUAGUUGUCGGAAAAAAAAAAAAAAAAAAAAUACUGUAUGGAACAGUUGAAAAAACGAAAAUAAUUUUUUUAUAUUUUUCUCUGCUUCGGAAGACGCGUAUUGUACUCUCUGAUGAAAUAUCGCGAUAAACAUUUUUCCUUCUCCAAACUUUCAUAUCAAUAGUUAUAAGGCAUAAAUUAAUACAAACAUACGGACUUGUUGUAUUUGUCAGUUGAAUUUUAUUUUUGUAGAUUAUGACCAAAGAAUAUGCAGAAUUUACCUAUCAUAUAAUGUCCAAAAAUAUACAUACAAAUAUAUUUUCAAGUGAAAUAAA